AUGAGAAAUCUCAAAAUCUAUGAGAAAUUUCCGGAAGUAAAAGAAUUAAAGGAAGAUAUUAAAAAAAGAGAAGAAGAAAUAAGACAUCUGCAAUCUCCUGACUACAUAGAAAACUCAAUUCGAGUUAAGAAAUUAUACGAAGAAAAAAAGGAACUUGAUAAUAAAUACCAAACCAAAUUAGAUAAUUUGCAAACUCAAAAUCAAGACUUACAAAAGCAAGAAUUACUGAAAGUUUUUGACGGUCAGGAUAGAAUUAUGGAUGUAAGCAAAGGUCAAACCGGAAUGGGAAAAAGAGCUGACUUUCUCCAAGAGGUUUUAACCGAAACCGAGCCAAAAAAAGUUGCUGAAAGGGAUAUGGUAUUUCAUCAUGCUGACUAUGGUUUCAUUGUUGCCACUUGUGAAGGCGAUAAAAUCAUUAGGUCAGUUAAAACAACCGACCCACGAAAAAAGAUUUAUGUUAGCGGUGACAAUAUUAAUCUAUUCUUGGCAAUAAAGACCAUACGAGAACUAUUAAUCACCAAACAUAAUCUUAUGAAAACCGACAACUUGGUUAAUAAAGAAGAAAAACUAAAAAAAAUAGAGGAAUGGGCCAAUGAUAAAUUACCUAAAUAUAUAAUUGACUUACAAAAACAAUUAGAAAACCAAGAAAGUGCUGCUAAUGCGAUUAUUGAAAAAGCAGAAAAAAUAAAAAAAUUUAAGGAUGGAAUUUAUAAAUUAACAAUGAUUAACAUUAAUGAAGAAUUGAAAAAACUUCUAAAUUAG